AUGUCUUACGGAGCACUGCCCCCUUUUGGCGAACUGGAACGGAAAAUUCGCUCUUUCAUUCACGAUGAUGAAUGGAAGAAGGACCACAUCGUUGAUGUUGAGAUAGAGAGAAAGAGGGAAAGUGGUGGGGAUUGUUGCCUUUGUGGCUCAGACACGAACGUGUUCCGCGAUCUCACCCCGGAGGAGCAGCAGCUUCUGUUGGACAUUCGGAGGAGAAAAGCCGAGUUGCUGAAAGACAUUCAGUUCUGUACAGUGAUGCAAUUCCGUUCAUUCGCGAUGGGAGUCGAUACUGUAGCGUCACCAAGCGAUGAUCUUUGGAAACGAGGACUGAGUCUUGCUCAGCUUCGCCUAGGUGUCGCGCAACGUUCCGCGGGAGUUGAAACUGAAAGUAAGCAGGAGGGGAAUGAAGAGCUCAUUCAUUUUGAAAUUGGGACCGUGUGA